AUGGGAUCAACCCCCAUAUUCCCGCUCUCUCUGUUUAGCCCGAUCAGCAGCGAGACUAGCCUCUGGGACCUCCGGAACUUUCAGCGCGAUACGGUCGAAAACGCAGUUCAAAAGCUUGUCGACAAGGCGUACAGCGACACGCAACUCCAAAGUGGCAUCGGCUUGCGAGGGUCUGUGACUUUCGAGAGCCACGCCAAUCUCGGACAGACAGACGAAGCCCUCUCCGCUCAUAUGGAGCAGAUGUCCAUCGAGAGGGCUGUUACCGACGCUGCGGCAAUAACCUCGAAACUACCGAGCCGCAAGCCCCGACGCAGAGCUAAAGGCAAGGGCAAUCGGGCCGAUCAGUUUUGCAUGUGCCGCACCUCGUCCGGCCGAAACAUUCCGGUUCUGGCGAUUGAGUACAAGGCACCGCAUAAGUUGCGACGCGACGGGGUUGUCACCGGUCUGGAGUCUGAGAAUAGACCGGAACGCGACGGAAUAAAUAAGGACGGUGACGGGUUUGCGUUUGCGUAUGCAUCGAGAUCGCUCGUUGCCGCUGUCAUCACCCAGCUCUUCUCCUACAUGGUUGGCAGAGGUAUCCAGUAUGAAUAUGUGUGCACAGGAGAGGCAUUCGUCUUCCUACACGUUCUGGAUGAUCCCACCGUCUUCCAUGGCAUAGCUGUUGCGCAGGUCUUUGCCUUUAUCCUUCAGGCUCUGCGUGCUGAACCACCUCCGCUGUCAUGGCACGAUAUUGCUGUGAGUCUCGACACCUGGGCUGUAGAGUACGACGACGUGCUGAGGAACACGCCCGAAGCAGUGCGCAAGGGCAAGGAAGCGCGCUCUUCUCCGUACAAGCCCCAACGCUGGCGAGGAUUCAAGCGCUCGCCAAUUCAGACAUGGGCUCGGUGCAGGCGACUCGACAGCGACGCAAAGCAGAGGGAUAACGGUGACGAUGAAGAAGGGACUCUUCCUUCACCCACACCGACACGGUCGAUUCCCGGGGGGCGAAAAGGCUCUCACGAAGUCGAGCGCAGACUCGGCCGGUAA